AUGAGCACUUUAAGUUGCAAGGACUCAAAUCAUUGUGGUGUUCCCUUAGCCAGUCCAUCACUAACAGCCCUUAGUGGAAUCCAGAGAACUGAAGUAGUAUUGCUAGUCCAAUCAGGCAACUUGAUCUUGCCAUCUUCAAGAGUCAAUUGCCUGACGUCAGUAGACACUGGAGACAGAUUCUUUGUAAUGACUCUCCUCGAUCCUCAAGCCAGGGCCAGUGUCUAUUUGCAGUACAGCACCUUUAAGGGAGUAGUUGAGCGGUGUAACAAUAAUUCCAACCCACUGAGAUUCAUUCAUCAGCAAAGCAGAUGA